CUGCCACCGUCACUACGAGCCUGGCUUCGAUCCACUUCCCUGGUGUCCAUACGUCGUACGGCGUCGGCGUCGACGAUGUCGAUGUCUAUAUUCUUAAGGCUGGGCGCAUGUCGUCCCCAAGUAUCCGCCAUCCGCACACCCCGACACUCCCUCCCGCCAUUCCGCUCACUAUCAAGUCUCCCAUCUCAUCCUUCGUCCAUAUCCGCGGUUUUGUUGUCUCAAAGACGUCUUCCUCCGGCUCCGGUACUCGUCCAGUCCCGACUGCUGUCUCUUGCGUCUCUCUUCCGGAAACCUAGCGGUGUCCCUCCACCAGCGGUUGUAGCCAGUGUCUCCAAGCUUGAGGCUGAGGCGGACGCACACCCAGAGGAUGUGGAGAAACAGGUUGCUCUGUUUGAGGCGUUAGUCAACACCAAGGUGAAGCCAGGUCUGAACACGGUAGUGGCGCGAUGGGAGAGGACAUGCGAAUUCCAUCCCUCACACCCCCUCCUUCGGUCAGACACAGCAUUCAAGCUUUAUCUCACUGCGUUACGCGACCUCGGCCUGGAAUCAUCAAUAUCGUCUGCUGUUCGGAGAAGAGACGCUCUCUUGACUGCUUCCUCUUCGGCGACCGUUACUGCCACUGCAUCCGAUGCCUCCUCUCAUGUAUCGGCGACAUCAGCAUCUGUUGAUGUGAAUGCGGCGGCAUCUCAGCCUACUGUCACCUCUCCAUCCUCGUCGGCAUUGUCCUCAACUGUCUCGCCUAGUCAGCAAGCCGCCCAGGAGGUUCUGGCUGGACAGGCCACAGUGGCGCGGUCGGUACACACGGACUUCGAUGCGCUUGGAGCUGCUCUUGGUCGCGGUGCUGGGGUCCCUGGGAACCCCAUUGUAGUGACUCUCAACGAACCACGAGGCACCGUCUUCCUUCGCCUCAUCCGAUUCGUUGUGUCAGCCGGUCUCGUGGCAUUCUUCGUCCUCGUGGUGUUGUCAAUCUGGGUCGAGAAUUCUGGCCUGCUCAAGGCGGGACCUCGUCAAGCCGAGUUUGAACCCAUCCAGGCCAAGACGUACAAGUUCAGCGACGUACAUGGCGUCGAUGAGGCCAAGGCUGAACUUCAAGAAAUUGUCGAAUUCUUGAAGGACCCCACGUCGUUUGGCACUCUUGGCGGGAAGCUUCCCAAGGGCGUUCUGCUCACCGGACCUCCUGGAACGGGUAAGACGAUGCUGGCACGCGCCGUUGCCGGAGAGGCUGGCGUGCCGUUCCUUUUUGCGUCCGGGUCUGAGUUUGACGAGAUGUUCGUCGGCGUUGGAGCCAAGCGGGUACGGGACCUCUUUGCUACUGCGCGGAAGAAGCAACCAGCUAUCAUUUUCAUCGACGAACUCGACGCUAUCGGCGGCAAGCGAUCUAGUCGCGAUCAACACUACAUGAAGCAAACGCUCAAUCAGCUCCUCGUCGAGAUGGACGGCUUCCUGCAGAACGAGGGUAUCAUCGUCAUCGCCGCCACUAACUUCCCAGAAUCUCUGGAUCCGGCUCUUGUGCGCCCCGGUCGCUUCGACAAGCAUGUAGCCGUCCCUCUCCCCGAUGUUCGAGGCCGUGUUCAGAUCUUGCAACAUCACAUGAAGAACGUGACCGCUGCGCCAGAGGUCGACGCCAUGAUCCUCGCACGUGGGACCGUUGGGUUCUCUGGCGCUGAUUUGCAGAACCUAGUCAACCAGGCUGCGGUCAAGGCCGCCCGAGAAGGCGCACAGUCCGUAAACCUCACCCACUUUGAGUGGGCAAAGGAUCGCAUCAUAAUGGGAGCAGAGCGGAAGACGACAUUCAUUAGUGAGGAAGUCAAGAAAAUGACUGCAUACCAUGAGGGUGGACAUGCACUAGUGGCGCUCUAUACCGAAGGUGCCAUGCCGUUGCACAAGGUUACCUGUGUUCCCCGCGGUCAUGCGUUGGGCAUUACAAGUCAAUUGCCCAAGGAUGACAGAUACUCGGUAUCCCUGAAAGAGUACCUCGCCGAGAUCGACGUAUGCAUGGGUGGGCGAGUCGCCGAGGAACUCAUUUACGGCACCGAGAACGUGACUAGUGGUGCGUCCUCGGACUUGCAGCACGCUACAAGGACUGCUCGAGCCAUGGUUAAGAACUGGGGUUAUUCCCACAAGAUUGGUCCCGUUUACCUCAGCGAUAGAGAAGACACGAUUAGUCCCAAAAAGAAGGACGAGAUAGAAGACGAAGUCCGCAGCCUACUGAUAGCGGGAGAGUCACGGGUGACCGCGCUCCUGAAGUCAAAAGCGGACGAGCUCCACCGUCUCGCCAACGCCCUGGUAGAACACGAGACCUUGGACGCCGAGGAGGUGCAAAAGGUUAUCCGGGGCGAGACCAUCCGGAAUAUAGAUGAGGUGAUCAAGGAAGAUCUUUCCCGACUGAACAAGGAUGCGGCCUCAUAGCACUGGCAUGUUCCCCAGUCGUACAUGUCUGCUCUAUGUUUCUUGGUCGAAUGCAUCGUCUCCUAAUAGUAGCGUGGGCUAAUAUCUGUUGUUAAUAUACUCCAUCCCGUUUCAGC